AUGUGCAAUGCCGCUGGAGAUUUGCCACCACCGAUGGUGGUUUUUCCAUACAAACGUAUACCACCAAAAAUAAGUAAUCAAGCACCUAAACAUUGGGGUCUUGGUCGUAGUGACAAUGGUUGGAUGACAGGUGAAACCUUUUUUGAAUACAUUGCCAAUGUAUUCUACAAAUGGCUGACGGAAAAUAAUAUUUCGUUUCCCGUGCUUUUAUUUGUUGAUGGACACUCUUCUCAUCUUACUCUAACUCUUAGUAAAUUCUGUUCUGAAAAGAAAAUUAUUUUGGUCGCUCUGUAUCCUAAUGCGACUCAUAUAAUUCAGCCACUAGAUGUUGCAUUUUUCAGGCCAUUAAAAAUGUCUUGGAAAACGGUCGUACACACAUGGCGUUUAGAGAACAAUGGAGCUAAAAUAUCCAGAGAAGAUUUUGCGCCGCUGCUUCAAAAAAUCGAUAGACGAAAUGGAAAAUAA